UCUCACUACUCUCUCUCCUCCCCGACACGGAAGGAAGUCACUGUCCUCUGUCCCCGCACUCCACGCCCCCCAGAGCCACCUUUUCUUUUCUCGCCUUCCCACCCAACCCGAGCUCCAAAAACUUCACUCUGCCACACUCUCACUCCUUCGCGCGCUCCAAGAACUCGCUCUCGUCUCGCUCGGGGCGCCGCGCCGCCGAGCCAAGAACACUCCGCGCGGGCCGUGGGCAAUGGCGACGCCGACGUCGGCGGCGGCGGAGGGGGCGGCGAGCGAGCCGGAGCUGGUGUCGAUCCCGGCGACGCCGCACGGGCUCUCGACGCCGGAGGGCGCGGCGACCCCGACCGGCGGCGGUGGCGGUGGGCGGAGCAAGAGCGCCGCCGGGACGCCCGGGCGGCGGGUGGUGGAGGGCCUGCGCGGCUACCUGGAGGACGUGGGCCACCUCACCCGCCUCGACCCGCGCGACGCCUGGCUGCCCGUCACCGAGAGCCGCGGUGGCAACGCACGCUACGCCGCCUUCCACUCCCUCAACGCCGGCCUCGGGUUCCAGGCGCUCCUCCUCCCGCUCGCGUUCCCGGCACUCGGAUGGAGCUGGGGGAUAAUAUUUUUGACUAUUGCUUAUUUCUGGCAACUGUACACACUCUGGAUCCUAGUGAAGCUUCAUGAGGCUGUGCCAGGCAGGAGGUACAACAGAUAUGUGGAGCUUGCACAGGCUGCAUUUGGAGAAAAACUGGGAAUGUGGCUGUCUCUUUUCCCAACUAUCUAUCUGUCGGCAGGCACUGCAACCGCGUUGAUCCUGGUUGGAGGGGAGACGAUGAAGCUGUUCUACCAAAUAGUGUGCGGACCACUCUGCUCGCCGAGUCCCAUUACAACGGUCGAAUGGUACUUGGUGUUCACAUCCUUGGCAGUAAUUCUUUCCCAGCUCCCAAAUCUCAAUUCAAUCGCUGGGCUCUCGCUCAUCGGUGGCGCGACUGCGAUAAUGUACUGUACCAUGUCCUGGGUUCUCUCGGUCAGCCAACCGCGGCCACCGACAGUCUCUUAUGACCCAGUGAGAUCAACUUCUUUCGGUACAUCCUUAUUCUCAACCUUGAACGCCCUCGGAAUAGUAGCCUUUGCAUUCAGAGGGCACAAUCUUGCCCUGGAAAUUCAGGCGACAAUGCCAUCGACUUUCAAGCAUCCAGCACAUGUGCCAAUGUGGCGUGGGGCCAAAGUCGCGUACCUCCUGAUCGCAAUGUGCCUCUUCCCUGUCGCCGUCGGAGGCUACUGGGCCUACGGAAACAUGAUGCCGCCGGGAGGGAUGCUGGCGGCGCUCUACGCUUUCCACAGCCACGACACGCCGCAGGGGCUCCUGGCGACGACGUGCCUCCUCGUCGUGCUCAACUGCCUCAGCAGCUUCCAGAUCUACUCCAUGCCGGUGUUCGACAGCUUCGAGGCCUACUACACGGGGCGCACCAACCGGCCGUGCUCGCCGUGGGUGCGGUCGGGGUUCAGGGUGUUCUACGGCUUCCUCUCGCUGUUCAUCAGCGUGGCGCUGCCGUUCCUGUCCAGCCUCGCCGGCCUGCUCGGCGGGCUGACGCUGCCGGUGACCUUCGCGUACCCGUGCUUCAUGUGGAUCCGCGUCAAGAAGCCCGAGCGGCUCAGCUUCAGCUGGUACCUCAACUGGGGGCUCGCCCUACUCGGCACCGCCUUCAGCCUGGCCUUCUCGCUGGGUGGCGUCUGGGGCAUCGUCAGCAACGGUAUGAAGCUCAAGUUCUUCAAGCCGCCCAACUAGUAUAGUUAUGGAAAUUAGUAUGUGGAAAUCACUUGGUGCCAUCUGCAAGUUAUCAGAUGGAAAUUAGUCUGUGGAACUGAAUGUCACAUAUAUAGUUAUGCUCUGCAUAAGGGCAUCAGGAGUGUAUAUUGCCGAGGGGAUCUUAAUGGUGGGUCCCGCACAGGAUAAGGCCACCGUCUCUUGUGUGUAAGGGCAUCCGGAGUGUGCAAAAUUGGCCGGUCUUAAGGCCUAUCUGCAUGGCUAGGGUCAGCCUUAGGGCCUGUUCGGUUCCACUUGCUUAUCAUAAGCAGCUAAAAGAUGCUUAUUUGGAAGAAUUAAACUUUAGUCGUACCUGUUUGGUUUCA